GUCCCCUUAAGCCCGCGUGACAACUCUCACACUGUCCGUUUGUGAGCAGCCGAACCACCGCGAUGCCCGCUCUCUGCGCGCUUUGUCUCGCCGUCGCGCUGGCUGCGUUCGCCCGGCUCGCCGGCUCCGUGGGGCCGGUGGUCCGAUGUGAGCCGUGCGACGCCGGCGCGCUGCUCCAGUGCAAGCCGCUGCCGAAGGACUGCGCGGAGAUGGUGCGGGAGCCCGGCUGCGGCUGCUGCAUGACGUGCGCUCUCGGCGAGGGGCAGGCGUGCGGAGUGUACACGGCGCGCUGCGGCGCCAACUUGACCUGCAGACACCAGCCCGGGGAGAGCCGGCCCCUGCAGGCUCUGCUGGAGGGACGAGGGGUGUGCACCAGCGCCGCAUCCAGAAAGCUCAACAACAUUCUCAUCCCGUCGCAGAAACCAGAAAGUGCUGGAAAUCAAGUGGAAGACUGUGCCAACGUGACCCAGAUGCCAACGGUCAUGUAUACCGUGGUGACCGUGAAGAACGGGCAGAGCCAGGGGUCGGUGAACACCAGGUCUCCGAUCAGCAGCAAACUGCUCCAGAAGGCUCAGAACAAAAAGACACAGAGCUACAAGGUGGAACCGGUGUCGAGAGGAGCCAAUGUGGACAUACACAAUUUCUCCCUGGAGAACAAGAGGGAGACUGAGUAUGGGCCGUGUCGGAGGGAGAUUGACAGCAUCCUGAACAGUUUAAAGAUCAACAAUGUGCUCAACCCGAGAGGCUUCCGCAUACCCAACUGUGACAGAAAGGGCUUCUACAAGAAAAAACAGUGCCGUCCCUCCAAAGGCAGAAGACGGGGUUUCUGUUGGUGUGUGGACAAGUACGGGCAUCCUCUUCCCGGCUACAGUGACAGAGCGCACAACGAGAAGAAGUGCUACAACCUGGAGAGCAAGUGA